UUCUUCACUACGUAUUCACUUUUAACAUAAAACAUGUUAUAAAACGACAAAACAGUGCUCCUGCUUGCCAGUAUUAUUAUGUCACAAGGUAUUGUCUAUUGCAAUCUCCAGAAACUGUUCAUAAUUUAUGGUAACAACACCACUUCUAUUGGUGUCAAGUCGCUUGAAACCUUCAGUCAGAGAUCGCAGCAUGACACAACACUGGAUGAAGUCAUCAAAUUUCAUGGUGCGAGUAUCUCCACGAUCAAACACACGUGUACACAGGAAGCAGAACUGCAUGGAAAGUCUGUAUCCAAAUGAGUUGAGGGCUUGCUGGAGCUCUGAAGCAUCGAUAUUUCCUGAUCUGUCUUUGUCAAAUCUGCAGUCAUUCACUCACCCACACAACCAAACACUCUGCAUUGCAAACAUACCUGUCAAAACACUGCCUCCACUCCUGAAUGUACUUCCACAGAGCUGCAAACUCAUACACAUCAAUGGUGCCAUCUCUGUUCUGGUCAAACAUGCCAAUGAGGAGUCGACAUGUCUCUUGGUUAAAGUGGCUCCAGUUGCUGUUAACCAAAGCUUGCCGCAGCUCCAUGGCUGAGAUCUUCCCUGACUUGUCAGCAUCCACUGACUGGAACCACCCCCACAGCUCAGGGUUCACUCCAGGAGGAGGUCCUGCAGCUUCGGUCGCUGGCUGAGGAGCAGGAGGCAAGGAGUAGGACGGAGGGAACGGCUGUGCCCCACUGGCCGCGGCCGACGGCAGGGAGUAAGCUGGAUUGUAGGGAGGCUGGCUCCAAGACAUCUCCCCAACUGCUCCCCACCCAGAGAACAACAACGUGUUGACUCAGCCCAAACAAUGCUGACUCGACAUGGCGGUAAUUCCGUUGUAUCUCGCGAGGAGAGGAGCCGCCUACGGAUUGUCUCCUCUGGUAGCGAUUGGCAGAAGGCAGUCUGUGUUGGCUACCUCCAGCUACAACCCUCUGACUUUUCCAAAACCUUCUAACUUUCUUUCCCCCCGUCAGUUCUGGCUCUCACUGCCUCACUACAGCCAACACACACAGCUGACAGCCGCUCUGGGAUGGAGAUGGGCUCACAAUGACAGUAACUACCGCAGAAGACACCCACUGCCAUUCCCAGAGGAAGAGAGAGGAGGAGAGGGAGGGAGAGGGAGCAGAGACCCUCACCAGUGGUCUUGGCUCCCUCUCUACACAGCUGUAGCCGUGCUGGCCUAUCUCCUGACUUCCUCUGUGGAGCCAGUUCCAGAAAUCUCCUUCCCAUUCUUCUUGCAGCACAUGCUGUAUGCAGGAGAGGUGCACCAUCUGGUGGUCAACUCUCAGAGAGAUCGAGUCUUUGUCCACCUGCACAGUGGAGCUGUUGUCAAUGGUUGGGAGGUCCGUCGCUAUGGUCCUCAGUUCAUGUUCACAGUGUCAGGGGUGGACAGUCUGGAGGCCAGACUGCGAGCGGCUCAGGAGGAGCUCGGAGUUCCUCCCAGCAACUGGGUCCCUGUCAUGUACAAGGCUCAGUCUGAUACAUUUGCUCUGGUGCUAGCUGCCCUCAGCACACUCCUCAUUCUGAGGAUCGUCUUCCAUUUCCUGUUCCCUCGAGGAUCGGGCUCUGCGGGCCAGUCCGGCAGUGGAGUUUCCAUCAACCCUUUUGCCUACAUGAGCAGAGCUAGGACCACAGUAGUUCAGGAACCAGGUCAAGGGAGUGUCAGGUUUACUGACGUUGCAGGUAUGACUGAGGCCAAGGCUGAGGUCAUGGAGUUUGUGGAUUUCCUACGACAUCCUCUCAAAUACUCUGAUCUUGGAGCCAAGAUUCCCAGGGGAGCUCUGUUGUAUGGACCUCCUGGGACAGGCAAGACUCUCCUUGCCAGAGCUGUCGCCACUGAGGCUGGCGUACCCUUCAUCUCUAUCGCUGGCUCUGAUUUUGUGGAGAUGUUUGCAGGUGUGGGCAGUGCCAGAGUCAGAGACCUGUUCCGACAGGCCCGGGAAUCUGCCCCAUGUAUGGUGUACAUUGAUGAGCUGGAUGCAGUGGGCAGGUCCAGGAAGGGAGGGGCUGCAGAAGGGCACCACGAACAGGAGAGCACUCUCAACCAACUGCUAGUGGAGAUGGAUGGAAUUGACUCGGUACAGAGAGUUGUGAUUCUGGCGUCAACCAACCGUGUGGACAUACUGGACCAGGCACUGCUGAGACCUGGCAGAUUCGACCGUCAGAUAGCUAUCGACCUCCCCACUCUGCCCGAGAGGAAAGCAAUAUUUGAUGUCUACCUCCGCAAGGUUCUCCUGGAGGGUCCAGUGGUCAGCUACUCUGCUAGACUAGCUGCGCUUACUCCUGGUCACAGCGGAGCUGACAUUGCCAACAUUGUGAAUGAGGCAGCACUUCAUGCGGCCAGGGAGAAGGGAGCAGCUGUGACUCAGAGGGACUUUGAGUAUGCUGUGGAGAGGGUGGUAGCUGGAAUGGAGAAGAAGACUGGAGUUCUGAGUCCUGAAGAACGCAAGGUAGUUGCCUACCACGAAGCUGGCCACGCCCUUCUGGGCUGGCUUCUUGAACACACAGACCCUGUACUCAAGGUGAGUAUUGCUCCGAGGACAAAGGGUGUGUUGGGGUUUGCCCAACACCUGCCGUCUGAACAAAGGCUCUUCUCCAAAGAACAGCUGUUUGAUCGAAUGUGCGUGUUGCUGGGGGGCAGAAUGGCAGAAGCUAUCUCCUUCAGAAAGAUUUCUACAGGAGCUGGAGAUGACCUGCAGAAGGUGACUCGACUGGCAUACGGGCAGGUGGCAGAGGCUGGUAUGAGCGACAUUGUGGGUCACGUUUCUCUCUCCUCCAACACUGCUGGCCGCCGACCAUACAGCAAGUGGCUGGCUGCUCAAGUCGACAGAGAGGUGUGAGAAAUUAACCACUCAGCUUCAGACGACAAUCAGCUCUUUUCAGGUCAGGAGGAUGGUUGCCGAAGCAACGACUCGUACUGAGGCAGUGCUCAAAGAAAACUAUCACCUGUUAGAGAAGGUAAGACCACACCCCCGACCACACCCUAAUUCCCUCCUCUACCGGCAGCUGGCAGAGGCUCUGCUUGAACAAGAGGUGCUCAACUACAAAGACCUUGUGGAAUUGCUGGGCCCUCUCCCUUACCACAAGCCUCACCACCACAC